GCACUUUAAUCCAAAAUUAAACAUUACUUUUCUGCAUUCUUCGAUGGUUCAAACUGUUCAUAGCACAAUGUUUAACGGUUAUCUUGCUAAAUUUGUGAUUAUCUUACUGUCAUCAAUUCAAUCAGCUCAGUCGCAGAUAGUGUUGAACACGUGGUCCUUCGGAGCCAAGUCGAAUGAAGUGGCAUGGAAUACUCUGGCAGAGACUGGAAGUCCCUUGGACGCUGUGGAACUGGGCUGCAAUGUGUGCGAGGAAAAGAAGGACCCUAGUGACUGUGACGGUAGUGUGGGGUGGGGGUCCCAUCCGGACGAGGCAGGAGAGACCACUCUGGACGCCAUGGUGUUCGAUGGCACAAAUAUACAAACGGGAGCAGUGGCCAAUCUGAAGAGCAUCAAAAAGGCAGUCUCGGUAGCUCGUUACGUCAUGAACUCGACUCAGCACUCGCUCCUCGUCGGCCAAUCAGCGACCGACUUCGGACAGCAGAUGGGAUUUACCCUCGAGAGUCUCUCGUCUUCGGUUUCCAAGUCGGAUUACACCCAGUGGAAGGAUAAUAGUUGCCAGCCGAACUACUGGAGGAAGGUGGUUCCAGAUCCGAUUCAUAGCUGUGGGCCUUACCAACCGGCGUCACCGUCUCACUACGUUGCUAAAAAAUCUCAAAACAUGGAGAGAGAAGAUAAAGACCACGACACUAUCGGGAUCAUAGCAGUCAACAAAAAUGGCAACACAGCUGUCGGACUCACGACUAACGGGGCCGACCACAAAAUCAGCGGCCGAGUAGGUGACUCGCCCUUAGUCGGAGCGGGAGGCUACGCAAGUGACGACGGAGGAGCUGCAGUCCAAACUGGAGACGGAGAUGUCAUGCUGCGAUUCUUGCCGACGUUCCAGGUGGUGCAAUUGAUGAAACAAGGAGUAUCUCCUCUGAACGCCACUAGAACUGCAUUGAUGGACAUUUACAAGUUCAACCCCGACUUCAGCGGGGCUAUUGUAGCUGUGAACACGAAACUGGAAUAUGCGGCUGCUUGUGUCGGGUUUUCCCAGUUCGAGUACUGUGUUAACACUGGGAACGGAACUGUUAUUAUAACCAUGGCUCAGUCGCAGAUAGUGUUGAACACGUGGUCCUUCGGAGCCAAGUCGAAUGAAGUGGCAUGGAAUACUCUGGCAGAGACUGGAAGUCCCUUGGACGCUGUGGAACUGGGCUGCAAUGUGUGCGAGGAAAAGAAGGACCCUAGUGUACUUUAA